AUGUCGCCCACUGAUAUUAUCGCAACUCUGCCACGAGUAUAUCUAAAAGGAGGCGGCAAGCGACCCCAAAUAGACAACGCGCUCUGGGGUCGUCGAAGUCAUGUUUCGACGAUUUCUGGUCUUCUUAGCAUGUUGUUUAUGAAUGUUGUGCAGUUGUUCGUGAUAUUCCUCUGCAUCUGCUUCGAGCGGUUUGACGGCUCAUUACAGCAUGGCUUGUUGGAUCUACUAGCCUGUCAGUCCUUGAAAGGCUUCUUCCAACAAUAUCUUCCUGCUGUAUUCCUCCGCCCUGCAAUUUUCUAUUUCGGCUGGGUUGCUUCACAGGCAUUACUAUAUUCCGUUCUUCCAGGGAAGAUAGUGUACGGACCCUCGACACCUGGUGGCCAUACACUGUCGUAUUGCUUGAACGGGCUCAGCUCAUGGCUUGUCACGAUAUGGGUAGUCUUGGUAGCUGCGUAUGUUGGUGGUGCCGAAGCCAUCGCGAGCGCAGCCCAAAGUUGGAUGACUAUAAUAGUCGUCGCGAACCUGUAUGGGUUGACGUUGUCAGCUCUGGCGUAUCUGAAGGCUCAUAUAUGGCCCAGCCAUAACAGUGACCAGAGGUUCAGUGGUUCCAUCUGUCAUGACUUCCUAGCAGGGAUUGAAUUGAAUCCUCGACUAGGGCUCCAUUGGGACCUGAAAAUGUUCCAGGUUGGUCGACUGGGGAUGAACUCCUGGGUGGUAAUUGACAUCUCGUUCAUGGCUCGACAAUACAAGAGUUAUGGUGAAGUAUCCAAUUCGAUGCUGCUGGUUAUAUUCUUCCAUGUUAUAUAUGUGGUGGAUUUCUUCCUCAACGAAGAAUGGUAUCUAGCAACAAUUGACAUUGCCCACGACCAUUUUGGCUUCGCCCUAGCAUGGGGUUCCGCGGUUUGGCUGCCCGUAGUAUAUACUUCGCAAGCCCAGUACCUAUCCUCGCAUCCCAUGCGGCUCUCACCUUGCGCAGUUGUCAUAAUUCUUAUUGCUGGCGUCUCCAGCUACGCACUAUUCCGACUAUCGAACUAUCAGAAACAUCAUUUCCGGCAGACGCACGGAAACUGCCUAAUAGAUGGCAGUAAGGCCCAAAUGAUUCGAGCCCAAUAUUCCACAACGGAUGGCACAAAUCAUGAGUCACCUUUACUUUGUUCGGGCUUCUGGGGAAUUGUGCGCCACCCCAACUAUGUUGGGGACAUCCUCUUCUCCUUCUGUACAUGCGUUUGCUGUGGUUGGACACAUUUGCUUCCCUACAUCUACUUUCUCUGGAUGGCUACUAUGCUGGUUCACCGGUGUUACAGGGACGAGAAGCGGUGCUCUGCCAAGUAUGGACCCAGCUGGGAUGCUUACCAGCGAAGAGUACGAUGGAGGAUGGUACCUGGUAUAUUCUGA